AAUAAAAAGACAGUUAUUUUAACAGUUUUUACCUUAUAUUUUACCAUAAAAGUGUGUAAUAAAAGUGCGUUGCAGACAUGGCAAAUGACAGACCGUUAGCUGCGCAUGAAAUUUUAGAUGCUUUAGAAAAUGUUUCUGAUAAUGAAGAAGAUUAUAGAGAACGACUGAUAUGUAUUCUACCUCCUCCUGUUGAUCCUGACUGUCUCACUGACGAAGAUUCGGGUGAAGAAGAUAAUGUAACUUUGAAUAAUUUGCCACGAAACAUUCUGCUUCAACCGGCUGAAGUAAUGAUUCAAGGGCAGAUUAUGGUGAGUGAUACAGAAGAAGAACCUUCUGAUUCUACAGGUCGAACUAAACGUAGGCGUACCUACGCAUGGAGAAAACGGGACUUGGCAAAAAAACCCGUGAAUUGGCCAGAUGUUCAAGGCGCUUGCCAAGAUAAGCGCCCAAUUGAGUGGUUUGAAAACUUCUUAGAUGAAGAUGUUAUUUCGUUGUUGGUGUCAGAGAGCAAUAAAUAUGCUGUCAAAAAGAAUUUGCCUGGAGACAUAACCACUGAAGAUAUGAAAUGUUUCAUCGGCAUAUUGUUGGUUAGUGGUUAUUCAUGGCUCCCCCGUAGAAGAAUGUAUUGGGAAAACUCCCCUGAUACAAAGAAUGAAUUGAUCAGCUCGGCUAUGACUAGGGAUAGAUUUGACUUUAUUUUUCGCCACCUUCAUGUCAAUGAUAAUCUGGAUUUGCAAGACAAAUACACAAAAGUACGCCCCCUAGUUACACUUCUAAAUAAAAAGUUCUUAGAGUUUUCUCCUCUUGAAGAGCAUUACGGUGUAGAUGAGGCCAUGAUCCCCUACAUGGCUGCAAACAGCACAUAA